AUGGCUUCACAACACCGAGCAGAGGCAAUGGCUUCACGACACCGAGCAGAAUAUGCACUUGCAAGCGGAUUCAACGACUUGACUGAACAUUACCAACGUCUUGGAAUGUGGGAGAACAGCGAAAGACUGUCACGCCAAGCCAUCGAAGAAGCUAUUGCCUCUUCAAUGAAGAGAGUCUUCAGCCAGCUAAAGGUCAUUGACGAAGCCGACUACUCCCAGGAGAACGUUCUACGUCCCUGGCUAGCUCCCAUGUCGCCGUUUCCACCGUCGACAAGCCCCUUGCAAGACUUAGAGCCCAUCAGGCUCAACGACUUAGGUAUCAGCAAGAACCACUUCCAACACGUCGCAGUCCUAAGAACGUUCACCCCGCCGGACUUUAACCGCUACCUCUGCGCCGGAGUUGAAGAUGCUGAAGGCGGAGUCGACUUUAUCGUGCUGUUCAACACGGACCCUUUCCUCACGAUCCAGCAAAUCUUGCCUCAAGGUCUUGUCGUCGCAGUAAAGGCUCCUUUCUACACUACCUUUCCUAACGGAAAGCACGGCAUCAUGGUAGAGAACCCUUCUGAUCUCAUUGAGCUUGACCUUGCAUCUCCUUUGAUGCCCCCGAAGUGGAAGCAGGAUCUCUUGUCCUCGCGUCCCAAUGCUGUUCUUUGGAAGACCCACGGAAACGGCGCUCUGGUGCAGCGUGACUUCAUGACGGCAGCUCGAUGCUAUACCAUGGGGGUCUCAAUCUGCGGUCCUGACGAAAUCGAGGUUCGCCGGCAACUCUUGCGCAAUCGUGCGUCGGCAAACUUCAAGCUCGGCCGCUUCCAGCAAUCUCGCGAUGAUGCCCUCGCCUGUUUUGUACCAGGCAACGACACAAUGAAGAGCGCAAACAUUAAAGCUUUGCAUCGAGCUGCACUGGCCUCCGUCGAGCUGCAGCAGUACAACAAGGUACAAGAAUUUAUGCAGAAGGCUUUGGCUCUGGGCGGAUCUCAGCCCGAUCAAGUAGUCACGGGAGAACUCGAGCUAAACCAGGCUCGAUUGUAUCAAACACAGACCGGAGACUAUGACUUUGAUGCCAUCGGCGAAUUUAUCCAACGGGGCAGUGCGCGAGUCGACGUGGCCAGCUUCGUGGCCAACACCGAGGUCCAGGAUCUAGAUAAUGGCAAAGGACGCAGCCUGAUCGCUACCAAGGAUAUUGCUAUAGGCAGACUCGUCUUGUGCGAGAAGGCCUUUUGCGCUUCCUUCCUCCAUGACACUCCCGAGCCGCUCCAUACCAAUUGGGUUCACAGCUCUCUUACCAAACAGGGCUUCUGCGAUGCUACUGCCCGGCUUCUCCCCAUGGGAGCCCACAGCGCCGAAGAUGUUGACGGACGAAGUGUCCUUUACAGUCUCAAAGGCCAACGCGCAAUCGAGGUCAACGGGUUCAGUUUGCCGGCUCUCACUACUGGCGACACCAACUUAAGCUUACUCCGACAACACGAAUCCGACCCUGACCUCGAAACCGACAAUGCCGGUCUCUUUCCUCAAGCCUCAAUGGUAAACCACGCCUGCAACGGAGAUACAAUCCGCAGCUUCAUGGGCGACCUGAUCCUCCUCCGCGCUACCAGGGACAUCCGGAAGGGUGAGGAGAUCACCAUGGCCUACGUCCCGCGAGAUGACAGCUAUGCUGCCUUCCAGCUAAUGGGGUGCAUGAAGCGACACUUCUAG